GAUUCCUAUUUUAACGUGAGCGUACACAAGUCAACACAACAACAACAUGUGCGCCAAGUUCAUAAAGGACGAGUGAGCGUAAGUCUCUCUGCGACGCCAGCUUGCAUGUCUUUACUUUACGAAAACGGAGAACAAUUGAGGGUUGUACUCAUACCAGCAUUCCUGUACACGACGCGUGAGUAUAAAAGGCUGUAGGCUAAGGACAGCAACAUGCAUUCCAACGCAAACACUCAACAGUGAAACACACACUGGAUUUUAGUGCUAUACACACAGAACGAUCGUAAAGAAUAUUUCAUAAAUUUCGUAACAAAAUGUCUAUCCAAGUAUCGGAAAUGUCUAAGACUUAUCAAUACCGCAAAGUGAUGAAGCCAAUGCUGGAGCGUAAACGGCGCGCACGCAUCAACAAGUGUUUGGAUGAGCUGAAGGAUUUAAUGGUCGUCACAUUGGAGUCGGAGGGUGAACAUGUCACACGGCUGGAGAAGGCCGAUAUACUCGAGUUGACCGUGUCGCAUUUACAAAAAUUGAAGCAACAACGCAAAGCGGCUGCCUCAAAGGGUGGCGCCAUGUCACAAGCUGAAGGCUUCCGUUCUGGUUAUAUACAUGCCGUUAACGAGGUAUCACGCUCACUCUCCCAGCUACCCGAUGUGAAUGUUCAUCUUGGCACACAACUGAUGACACAUCUUGGCCAGCGUUUAAAUCAAUUGCAACCCGCCGUACAGCCACCAACACCCAUUACCGCACCACUAUCCGUACAUAUUGCCAGCAACACCGGCCGCACACAUUACUCUGUGCCCAUUUCGCCCAUCUCCAGCUACAAUGGCAGCCCCAACUCGAGCGCCAGCAGUGAGAAGCUUAGCAGCAGUUGUAUGAGCCAAAGUCUGUUGACCACCUAUACCCAACAUUCACCCAUCGAUGCACGCGUCGCCACCAAUGUCGCACAGGCUGAGGAGGAGGAUGUCUGGCGUCCAUGGUAGACUGUCGAAAGUCUAGCCGAAGCAGCAGUUCCCAGUACAAAACAAAUUUAUACUCAGUGAUAAAGUCUUCCAGACGUGCAGUCACCAACCAGGAUCUGCCGUCAAUUACCGUUAAAUAUAAAGCUUUAAAGUAGAGGAGAAGCAUUUGUUAUUGGCCACAUUUCCAGCGCCAUUUACAUAAGCAUUGAAUCGAUGUGAUUACCACACAAUUGUUAAACAUUGUCAUUAAGUUUAUUACAUUAUAGUUGAAUUAGAGAAAAUUUAAAAAAAAUAUUUUAAGUAACAUUGAAAAAAUAUACAAUAAUAAGAAAUG